AUGUUUUCCUACCUCAGCAGCCAUUUUCUUGUCACUCCCAGUCGACCAAACCUUCUCCCUCUGGAACCGCCUCCAAUAAUCCAUUUUCAAAUCCGCCUUCGAUAUCGAUGCCGCUCUCUACAGAGUACGCUAGAUUCUUUGUUGGCAUUGAGUGAUGAUUUAUUGAAGUCGAACAACUUUAUUGAAGGAGUGUCACACAAAAUUCGGAGACAGAUUGAGGAUUUGGAGAGGGUCUCAGGAGUGGUCAGUAGCUCACUUACGGUAGAUGGGGUUCCUGUUGACUCUUAUCUUACUAGAUUUGUGUGGGACGAGGCAAAAUAUCCGACAAUGUCACCACUAAGGGAGAUCGUGGAUGGGAUUCAUGUACAAGUUGCCAAAAUCGAGGAUGAUCUUAAGGCAUGUUCAUUUGUUUUCAGUUGA